CUUCAGCCCGGAGUAGCUACGACUGGUCGGCGAUGAACAGAUAAAAGCCUUAUCUUUUUUAUUAAAUAAUAUUAGUCCAAUGCCAUUCACAAUGCCAUUCACAGAAUGACCGGCUCGGAAAGCCUCUAACGCGCACGUCUGCCGAGAGAGCUACAUAGAAGAAUAAUGGAUGAGGCCUGUCACUAACAUUUAAUGAAGAUUUUCAUUGACUCAAACUAGAUUAUGGAUGGUAAUGAUAACGUGUCCAUAACUAUGGCACACCCCCAGAGUGAAGUGUGCAAUGCUGAGGUGGGAGCAGGAGAAAUCACUGGUAAAGUGGAGAACGGAGUAAACCCAGUCACUCCCACUGAUUCUUGGGAUGGUAAUGCAGCAGGACUGACAAAGGGAGGGCUCUCAACCUUGGUUGAGACUCCUGCACCAUCAGUGGUGAGCCCAACCACUGAAUCACCAGGAGGAAUGGCCCUGAAAGUAGCCACGACUGUACUACAUCCAAUCUGCUUGGGGGAGAGUCAGUUGAUGCUGCCCAUUCACCUCCAGAUGGCUGGAGCAACUGGGCCUCAGAUUGGCCAAAUGGGGGCAGCACCAUACUUUCUAACAAGCCAGGGCCCAGUUUCACUGCCCCUGGUCUUGGAUCAGCAGGUCCUCCAGCACUUGAGUCCUUCUGUAAUUCCCCAGACUACCAACUGUCCAGCCUUACCGCUUCAAAGCAACAUCUUAUGUCAGAAUUCCUCUUUGACAGUUGGAUUGCCUCCAGCUGUUGACCAAAAGUCAGCAGGACCAGCCCAGGAUGCUAACUUGCUUUCUCUCCUCCAGAACCCAGCAUUUGCAGCUAUCUUGCAGGACCUCUUCCCUUCCCAGGCAAGUUCCUCAUCCUGUCAGUCACCAGGCUCUGUGCCGACAGACCCGUUUGCCUCCACGUUUUUUCCACUUCCUCCGCUGACGCAUCCCUAUACGUCCCCUCUGGCCCCUCUGGUCCCUCCAGCCACACUUCUAGUCCCCUAUCCUGUUGUCAUUCCUCUGCCAGUGCCUCUCCCCAUUCCUCUUCCUAUCCCCAUUCCUAUCCCUCAGACUGAGGACUCAAAGGGGAACAUGCCAAAACCAGUUUGCACUGUGAGUAAAAGCACUCAGACUUAUUCAAAAGAUGCUACCUCUCCCUCUUUACCUUCGAGCAGAUUGAUGUCAUCAUCUCAUCCACAAAAUGUGUCCCCAUCUUCACUCCCUCCACCUGAAGGAGAAGUCCUAGAUCUUUCCAUCAGAGCAUGUCCAGUUGAACCAAAACAGGAAUACACAUGUCCACAGGACAGUGUGCUUGACUUAUCAGUAGCUGGUGUGAGGAAAAAAUGCAUUCAGACGAGUGGGUCACCAGGAGAGUUUGCUUUCCAAUCUAGUCAAGAUACUGCUGGUACUGCCUUGUCUCUGGGUGUGGAGUGCUCCCAGAGUUUAGAUUCUAGACUCCUGAGCAGUCUUGCGUCGCUGGAGUUCAGUCGGCAGCAUAAGUGGGUGGUUGACAGUAGUUCCAGUGGGUCUAGUUCUCUGGGUCAGGAGGCAUCUCUCAGUGGAGCUGGAAACCUUGAGAUAGUCAGUACCUCGCAGACGGCCAAGGUCAUUGUCUCUGUGAAGGACGCGAUUCCAGCCAUCCUCUGUGGGAAAAUUAAAGGCCUUUCGGGAGUAUCCACCAAGAAUUUUUCCAUCAAACGGGAUGGAAGCCAGGGGGCGUCUCUGCAGCAGCUCUAUGGAGCUCCAUCCAGGCCUCAAGGGGAGCAGCAUAACCCCAGUGACCCAGUCAAGAAAGUCCCCAAAAACAGAGCAAUCAAACUGAAGAAGGUCAGCUCACAGGAGAUCCAUUUUCUCCCCAUUAAGAAGCAGCGACUAGCAGCGCUACUCCCCAGGAAGUGAAAGUGCUUGCCAGAGGGGGAUUAAUUGUUUGACCGCUCUCUGGAGAUCCUCUGGAGAGUACCACGAUAACAUAAAACACAUGUGGGGACAUUCUGUAAUCAAACUCAUAUAUAUCUCGACUUAAGGCCCUGAUUUAGGGUACAUGUUGUAUAAACUGAGGCUCAUGAAUGUCGGACUGUAUGAAACAACAGUGACGGAACUCAGUGAUGGUUACCAUUGCAUAUUUCUGAAUUGCUGUGCUUUUUUGUAAUGCACUACUCUCUACAGUGUAUACUAUUUAUGUUUAAAAGAACUGUUUUUGAGUAUGGCAGCUGUAUAGGCUCUCCAUGUGGCACUGGAGACUGUCUUUAAAAUUGAAAUGUUUUACUACACUUUUGUCUUUAUAAUUACAGUAAAGGCACAUGGGUUCCAUUUCUUCCAUUUUGGUUCAUGGUUUGUUUCCAUGUGUAAUUUGUAUUUAAGUGCACUGAAGACCUUAAAGCCUGAUAUUCGAGGUUCUCAGCGUAACACUAUCAGAGCAGAGCAGUGUGUAAUGGCAGGACUUGACUGAGACUGUUAAAACAUGUCCCAUCUUUGGAAAUUGCUAUAUUCAUCAGUAGCUCACUGAAGCAAUGCGUUCUUGUUUGAUUGGUAGUGGUUUAGUAUGGCAGGUGAAUAAUGACUUGGCAGACCCACACUUAAAUUAAGUUUAAUGGAUGCUGGCAACAGCUGUCAGUUGCAACAAAGCACAUUGUUCAGUAUUUUGUCUGAAGGCAGGAAAAAGGGAUUUCUCAUUAAAACAGGACUUUAAUCAACAGGCCUUUCGAACAAAAAGGAAAGGAUUCCUUCAAAGAAAUGUUGUUUCUGGCUUAGACAGCCUUUUUCCCAAGUGUUUCAGAAUACAAGCCUAGAUUGCUGGUAAGGUAUUACACAAUCACAAGCCAAAGCUAAAGAAACAGCUCACAAUAAGUGUACAAAAUACUAGGAACACCACCACGUCUUUCUAUUAGGUGACUCAGUGGGUGAAUCUGGGUGAAAGGUGUGAUUCCAUAUUGAUUUCACCACCUAAAUUGUGAAGGGGAGAUGAAGUUGAGGGGGAGGAGAUGGGUUUAAAUGGAUUUUAAGGCUUUAGAUAGCUGAGAAAGAGUUGAGACAAAAGAUGGUGGACCUCAUAUUUUUUACACUCUGUGGACAUUCAAAUCUCCUUCAAACUACAGCUAUCAGAAAUAAUUUCCUCCAUCCAGUCAUGCUGUUGUGAACCAGUAGCCAUUUUCUUGGUUGCCGUGAGAGAAAAUAUAUUUAUGUAAAGUGUUUUAUUAAUCUUGAUAGAAUUGCUGUCAGUAAAAACCCUUAUAAAAAAAACUCCAUCUCCCCUUUAUCAAAUCUGUUGUUCGUGUAAAAUGUUUGUUCCAAGUGGUUUGAUGUCAUUUUUAUUGUUUUUGUAGAACAUGGUGUUUUUCUGUCCCAUGCUUAUGAUCAGAGUAGUGAAUGUGAGAGUACUGUUGUGUGUUGGUUUAUUUAUCCUGUUAUAAUGCACCUUGUCAUAGAUUAGAUGAAGAAGAUACAGGGUAUCCAACCUACCCUACUAAAAUAAAUUAUGUUACCCCAUCGUGAUUUUAUCCUUUAUGUGAAUAACGGGCAAAGCACUAAUACAUCUUGUGACAUUGUUUUUUAUUAUGAGAAAUUUUAACUUACUAUGUCAUUAUGGCUAAGAGGGAGACUGUCCUGAUGAAUAAUGGAGAAUGCAUUCUAGGGGUGAAAAUUUUGACCCAUUGAUUUAUUUAUUUAAUGUAAUCAGUUUCAGCUCGAUCAUUGGCCUUUUACAAUUACAGAUUACUUUGUGACUUUUUUUAGAUGAGUGGAUUGUUGCCACAAUUAAAUUGCUUGAUUCAGAUUGUGGACUAACUGAUCAAUUUUGUGGUACAGGAUUUCAUCCUAAUUUAUUCUUCAUAUAACUCUAUUUAUAAUGUGUACAUAUGAUCAGGAGGCACAAUGUGACUGGAGAUUACCAGCUUCCUUUGUAACUGUCAGUCUCAUUAAGCACUUUUUGCCUCUGGAUACUCAACUAGCAUUUUAAUUAAUUUGUCAGUAAAGUGAAACAUCAGUUUCAUUGUGUUGGCAGUUGAGUGUUUGCUUAUUGUGUAUGUACUUAUUUUUUUUAUGUGGCAGUUAAGUAAAAGCCCUAAGGCCUAAA